AUGUCAUCCUCCCAUCUUGUUGGAGAUGUGCCAGAACCACCACCACAACCACAAAUACAGCUACCACAAGCCAGCCCUAGAGUAACAGUCAACGUACGUCAACUGACCAUACCAGGAGGGGAGAGUAGAACUGUGGAUUGUACCCCCGAGGGGUCCCCGCUACCGAGGGUACAGUGGAGUAAGGGAGAAGGCGAGUUCAGCAAUAGCGUUAGACAAGACGGAACCAAGCUGACAAUAACCGACGCACAAGACGGUGACGCAGGGGACUACGUGUGUACCGGCAUCGUGCAAGCGACACCGGUGUGGACGGAUUACCUGCAAGUCGUCAUAGAAGAUGUGGAACCGGUCACUGAACCAGGACCGUCAGACCAAAGUCCCCCAAAAGUGAAAGUCGGCGAGUCACAAGUGAAAGUGACAGAGGGAGAGACCAAAACUAUCGACUGUCAUCCUGAGGGAUAUCCGCUGCCGACCGUUCAGUGGACCAAGGAGGAAGGGCAAUUCACCAGCGGCACCAGACAGGAGGGCAAUUCGCUGGUCAUAUCUGUGGCCAAAGAAGACGACACGGGGUACUACACAUGCAGUGCCAUCGUGGAUGGAACAGCUGUGUACACCGAUUACCUUACUGUGGAACUUGAAAGUAAUGGAAACAAAACAGGUAUGUGUCUUCUGAUAAGCGGUUUAUAG